ACAAGUAAACAUGAACACGGAAAGCUGUUCUUUACACGGAGCACAUGCGAAAGACACGACAGCCUCCGAUUGCGUUUGGAAAUUGCGACGCUACGGUCGAUUUCUCCCCGACGGCACUAACGUUACCUGCGCGUGGAAGAUUUUCGAGUCCAGUGAAAGCGCCGGCCAGCUGGAGCUGAAUAUUCUAGGCUCUGGUCAUCUGCUAGUAUCUCAAGGCCAGGAACUUAUGGAGGGCUUUUCUCUGCUCAAUGCGCAGAGCUUCCUGAAAAUCCAGCACAAAUCAGACAGCCUGCUGUUCAACAUUACAAUGAAGGGUGAGAGCCGUUUGAUCAGACUGCAGUUUGAUGGCAGUAGUCGGUCAGAAGCGGCGGAGGUUUGCAGGAAGGCAGUGGAGAGGCUGCAGGAUUACGUUCCUGUCCAGGAACAUCUGACCACCUCUACGUCCGCUGCUCCGUCUGAUCCAGCAGAACCUGGACCUUCUACGCAGCAGCAGGCUCCUGAAGACGCACCACAGGCGGCUCCUGCCGUUGCCAUGGGACCUCUGUCAAUCAAACACCUUUCUCAGUACUUCCUGGGUAAGCGCGAGCUGUCCCUGCCGAUGGCGUAUCAUCAGUGCACGCUGCCCUCUGGAGACCUGGAGGCACUACUGCGUGUCUGCCUGCUCGAUUCUGGUUUUCCUGCUUUCGUGGAGGAAGUGGAGAAGAAGAUGAAAGAGCUAAUGCAAGAAUGA